AUGCCUGCCUCCAUGGAGCCCACCCAGCAAGCCCCCAUGACGACUGAUAAUGGUGACAUUGUCACCCAGCAGCCCACGGCCGAGCCCCAGCCAGAGAUGAGCAUGCGCGGUGGUGAGGAGGCUGGCUGCGAGAUCUGCUGCGGCCUCUGCGCCUGUGACGAGGCUUGCUGCUAG